AUGGGUCGAAGUGUGGAGUCUCGAGGGCAACUUGGUCGGGAUGGUCACCCCAAUCGUGAUGGAGUAGAAACUAGAACUAUGGAGUUAUUGUCCCGAGCUCGUGUCGUCUCCACAGCCGCGAUGAAUGCUACAGAACGUCUGCGCUCGAGAGCUUUCCAGGCACGAGCAAAUGGAGAUUAUGACCGAGCUAUCAAGUUUUACACGAGUUUAUCGACUGCAAAACCGAGCGAAAUUGAGGCGAAAUUCCAGCUCGCGGUGUGUUUAGAACGAACAGGACAAAUCGGACCCGCGUUAGCAGCUUACAAGCAAGUUCAGAGACUUUCCGGUGGACAACAUGCCUUUGCGUACUAUAAUAUGGGCAAUUUGUGUAUGCGUGUCGAUAAAGUAGCUCAAGCUGUCGACUAUUUUUCACGUGCGAUUAGUGUCAGCAAAGACAAAAAAGAGUCCAAUAGAGGAUCAACCCCAAGUGCAUUUUAUCGACAGCGAGCAGCAGCGUACCGUAAGAAUGGAGAUUUCGAGAAGGCCGCACAAGAUUACGACCUUGUUCAAAAGAACUCAGGGGGCUCUACUACCUUGGCAGACGAGAGUGUGAUGUACACUGCUGAGCACCUGUACAACACCGUGAAGCGUGCCACAUCUUCGAAGAAAAGAAUCCCUCAACAAAGUGUACAUAACGAUGAAAUAGCACGUGGAUUGGAGAUCGAACCUGACACAAACCAAGACACAAACGAGUGUCAAAGCGAACCUGAUGAGACUGAAGAUGCACUGACAGCUUGGACGCUUCAGCGCAGUCUGGAGAUUGCUCGACCUCCACCGUCUGAAAGAAGCGACAGUGACCUUCAAUACCUCGUCGAUUUGAUGCAGAAAAGAUUCUUAUCCCGCAGAGAAAUCUCUUCCCCCCCCCAAAACCCACUUUUUUAUGUAAAAGAAAUGUGGUUGGAAGCUCCACAUGAUAAGUCAUUGUAUUUUAUUUUUCAAGGAAGAGUAUCUGUCUCAACGACUGCUGCUGAAAUGGGUGCGUCCGACGUCACGUGGGAACCUCCAUGGAAUACUUAUCAAACACCCCUUGAGCACGGAGAUAUUUUUGGUCACCAAGGGAGGAUUACAAACGCUCCACGAGCGUAUUCAGCAAUUACGACAACAACGUGUGUGAUAGGGGCUUUAUCGUGGCAUCAGUGGAGUCGAAUUGACCGUGCACAACACGAAGUCGAGGUAACGAGACCGGCCGCUCGAUUCCUCUCCAUGACCCCAGCGUUCAAUAAUAUCCCCGUAGUAGAUAUCCGCAACCUUGCAAACCGAUCUACAUUGGUCAAGGUCAUCGGCUCCAAGGUCGUGUGCUGUGAAGGCCAGUCUGUGAAUGGGCUGAUACUGGUUCGAGAAGGCGAACUCUGCAAAUUUUCGCUUGGGAGCCCUCUCUUAUAUAUCUCAAAGCGCUCGACUAUUUUACACACAACUUGA